GAGUAUAAACUUAUCGGGGAAAGGAAGGGCAGAAAGGGCACGGCAGCUCAGAGUUCGGAACCUUCACUAGCAGAACUCGCGCCCUCGCCAGGCCUUACUGUAUGUUCUUUCAUCAGUACUACCGAUGCCUAAUGGCUGAAAUCUUUCAUAGCUCUGGCAAUUUUCGGGGCGAAGUCGCAUAAGGGGGGGGGUCGUUGCUCGCUUGCGAGAGCUGCGUGACCCGCAGUCCAGCCAUGGACAGCAGUCUUUAUAGUGCUCGAGUCCUUUGUAGGACUACGGGACCGCCCUGCAGCAACAUCGUUACGUUCUGCGUGGAAGGCUACGCGGGCAUCUCCUACUGCGCUUAUGCAGUUUCGGACGGCGCGAUCAUCGUGCAGCAGAGCCUGCAGCCAAGCCGCGGAGCGGCCGCAGCCACAGGCCCCGCGCCCGGCCCAUCCGCUGCUGGCGCGCCCACCUCCCACCAACCCGCUUCCCGCCACUCCGCCUUCUCCGCACCCACCUCUGCGCCCCCAUCUACGGGCCUGUUUGCCCCCGUACUCCUUAUCGACCGUGUGGCGCAGCUGGAGCAUGGCAGCGACGUGUUCGGGCGCCUGGCGUGGGGCGGCGGGCCCGAGCUGCUACUGGCCGCCACCACCAAGCAGCACGUCUACCUGUUCAGCCUGGCGCCCUUCUUCGCGGGCCCCGCGGCGGCGCUGCCGCGCUGCGCACGCCCCGGCACGCUGCUGCCGCCGCCCUCCACCGCGUACGCGCUGGUGGGGCUGUACCGCACAGCCAUGCCGGCACUGGCGCUGGACUGGACGCAGAACGCGCGGGGGCUGCUAGUGACGGACUCGGGCAACUACGUGACCAUGCUGCGGCUGGUGCCCAAGGAGUCGGUGCUACUGCCGUCGGCGUCGGGCUCGCUGUCGGCUUCGGCUGUAGCAGGGACGGCCGGGGGCAGCGGCGCCCUCUGGGGCGGCGGCUGGGGCGGCGGCGCGGGGGGAGCCAGCACAGGGGCUGGAGCGGGCGCAGGCGCAGGGGCCAGCCAGCAUCAGGUGCCGCACUUUGCGGUGCAUGAGGCGUGGCGGGUGCGGGCGGACUCGGCGCACACGCUGGCGGCGGCCAGCCUGGACUGCUACAGCCCCUGCGCCACCACGGCGGGCGGCGGCGCGCACGGCGGCAGUAGCGGCAGCGGGCCACACAAGGUGACGGUGUGGUGGCCGGCCCCGCCCUCUGCGAACCACGGCCACCACGCCGACGUCGACUCGGCGGCGGGCCGCGGCCGCAGCGCCGGCGGCGCCGACGGCUCCUCUGUGGGUGCAGAGGUGGUCCGACACCCCGUGCGGGUGCUGUCGCUGGAGUGGAGCCCGCCGCUGGCCGGCUGCGGGUCCGGCGGCGCCCGCGCCGCCGCCGCACCAGUGGCGGCGCCCGAAGAGCCGCCGGCGCCGCCCGGGCCGCCACCCAAGGGGCCGCAGCGCUCGCCGACGUUCUCGGCGCCGGCGCCUCCGCCGCCGGCGGCCACGCCGGCGCUGGCGGCGGCGCCGCCGGCGCCGUCGACGGCGCCGGCGCUGCUGACGCUGGGUGCGGACUGGGUGAUCCGCAUCUACGUGGAGGUGGUGAUGCAGAACAUGUUGCCGCCGGACCUGGCGGCGGCGGCGCCCGCCGGCGCCGCCACCAUGAGUCAGUUCUGCCUGACGCUGGUCAUUGAGCCGCCGGCCUGGGGCCCUGGGCUGAACCUGGCGCUGGCGCCCUCGGCGCGCCCGGGCAUGCGGGUGUGCUGGGCGCGGCCGCUGGGCGGCGGCGGGAACGGCGGUAGCGGGAAUGGAAGCGAGGGCGGCGGAUGCGGCAGCGCGGGCGCGGGCGCGGGCGAGGUCGGCGCGGGCGCUGCGGCGGCGCAGGAGGAGGCGGAGGCCGGCGGGGAGGGUGGCGGCGGGGGCGGCGGCGGCAGCCGGCUGCAGUGGAUUGUGGCGAGCGUUGGCGUCGUGGGGCACGACGGCCCCGACGGACACGAGCUGGGCUACGGCGGCGGCGGGUACGGCGGCGGCUUUGGCGGCGCGCCCAUGGACGAGGCGGUGUGUGUGUGGGCGGUGGACGGGCUGGCUGCGGUGGUGCUCAGCGGCCUGCCGCGGGGGGCGGUCAGCGCGGCGGCGGGCGGAGCGGGCGGAGGCGCAAAGGCCACCACCGCCUCGCCCAAGGCCGUGCUGUGGGGUCGCGACACCCGCUCCGUGUGCUGGGUGCAGCCAGCCAAGCUGCUGCCCGCAGGCCCCGCAUUCGCGUACGACGGCGGCGCGGCGGGCGGCGGCCCCACUGGCAGCCGGCCAGGCGACUACGCCAUCAGCGCCUACGUGGCCUACCCGGGCGGCAUGCCGCUGCUGAGCGCGGCGGACUGCUGCGUGGGCAUGCAGGGCGCGUACGCCGAGGUGCGCAGCUUCCAGAUCGCGCCCGUGGCCUCCUCCGCGCCCUACGCCGCGGGAGCUCCCGGCGCCACCUCCACCUCCCUGCGAGUCAGUGGCGUGGCGCGACAGGCCAUGACCGGCAGCCCCGAGGCGUUGUCCUCGCUGCUGGUGCACCCCGCCGCCGACGUGGCGCUGCUGCGAGACCGCACCGGCGGCGUGGCGCUGUGGGGGCUGGGCCCGCUGGCCGAGCUGCCCAUUGCGCUGGCGCCCGACGCCGCCUCCGCCUCCCGCGCGCUGCUCGCCAGCGCCGGCCAGCUGGCGGCGGUGGCGUGGCUGGGCCACGUCAGCCCAAUGCCGCCGUACGGGCCGCCGUACGGCGGCGCGGCGGGUGCUGGUACCGGUGGUGGGAUGCGGGCCAGCGGGGAUAGCAAUGUCGGCAGUGGCGGCGUCGGCGUCGGUUGUGGCAGUGGCGCUGGGCCUUACGGACUGGUGGGGUACAUGGCGUGCGUGCACGGGCCCCGCCUGCUGGUCUACGCAGUGGCGCUGCCGCGCGCCACCCUGGUCAACGCCGACAGCAGCAAUGGCACCGCCACCGGCAACGGGAACGGUGGUAGCGGCGGCGACGGGAACGGCGGAGCUGGCGGCGGCGGCAACGGCGGUGGCGAGGGGGAUGGCGACGGCGGCGGAGGUGGUGCUGGUGGUGGUGCGGCGGCGUUGGCGGGCUGGGGCGCCACAUUCAUUGCGGAGGUGCUGCGCGUGGAGCUGCCUCCCGGCAUUGGAGCCGUACGGUCGCUGCUGGAGAUAUCGUACGACGCGGCGCCGGGCGGUACGGCGUACGGCGGCACCGCGACGCUGGUGGCGCUGGCGAGCCGCCUUGGCGGCGGCGGCGGCUCCGCGGGGGGCGCGCCGCCGGCGGCAGGGACUGCGGCGCCGAACGCGGCCGCGGCGGCGGAGGCGGCGGCGCAGCGGCACGCCAAACAGGUGUGGGUGACGUGGCGGGUGCACCUCAAGCCGCCCGCCUCUGCUGCCGCCGCCCCUCCUUCUGCCGUUGCUGCUGGCGCAGCCGCCGCCUCGGCCAGGCCAUCUAAAUCCAGGAUUUCUGGAUCCGGAUCCAGCGCCACCUGCCACUGGGUCAGCUCCGCCGAGCUGCUGAGCUCCCAGGUGGAUGACGUGGACGGCGCGGCGGUCGCCAGCGGGCUGGGCGGCAGGCGGCUGCGGCAGCUGCUGCUCCAGCAGUUGGACCGCCAGCAGCAGCAGCAGCAGCAGCAGCAGGAACAGCAGCAGCGGGGGCUGCUGGAGGCUGGGCCCGGCGCGGGAGGUGCAGGUGCGGGUGCUACAGGGGCCGCGGGUGCAGGUGGCCCGCCUCCGGGCCUGCCGUCGCUCAUCUCCUGCUGCACCACCUCCCUCGCCUGCCUCGUCGACGCCGAGCUCGCCAGCGCCAGCGGCUCCUCCAGCUCCAGCAGCAGUAGCAGCAGCAGCAGCAGCAGCAGCAGCAGCGCCGCCGGCAGCAGCAGCAGCAGCAGCGGCAGUGGCGGGUACCUUGCGGGCACGCCGCGCGUUCCGUGCCUCAUGUCGGGCACUGUGGACGGCUACGUGCAGUUCUGGCGGCCCGCCACCGGGCACAUCCGCGGCGGCUGUGAUGGUGUGGGCGGGCUGGAGCUGGUGCAGAGCGCCGCCUGCCGCCCGCCGGGCGCCGCCGAUGCCGAGGUGUACGACUGGCAGGCGUCGCCGUCGGGCGGUGCGGCGGGACCCAGGCCGCGGGUCGGGGAGGAGGAGGGGCUGCGCAGCGGCCGGAGCAGUAGCAGCGGCGUGAACGGCGGCGGCGGCGGGCCUGGCGGCGGCGGCGGCGGCCGCGGCGCGGGCAUGGUGGUGGCGGUGGCGCUGGACGAGAUGUCUGGCUACGCCGCCGCCGCCACCACGUGCGGCGAGGGCGAGGCCGAAGAGGCCAUCCACAUCUGGCGCCUGCGAGACGAGGACGACGACGAAGACGACGGCGCCGAUGGUGAAGCCGAGUCCAGCAUGUCUACCGACUCUGCCGAUGGCAGCGGCGGCGCCGCCGCCGUCCGGUCGUACCGUCAGCGUGGCGGCGGGCCGAGCACGUACGGCACGUACGAGCUGGAAACCGUUGUGCCGGUGGUUGACACGGUAUCAGCGCUGAGCUGGCUGCCGGCGGCGGGGCUGUCCGCCUGCCUGGCGGUUGGGUUUGCGUCGGGCCGCGUCGCGCUGCUGGCACGCGACCGCGCCGGCGAGUGGGAGGAGCUGGCGAGCUACGGCGGCGCUGCCGCGGUGGCGGCGUUCGGCUCAACCGCCGCCGGCGGCGGCGUGGCGGUUGCGGCGGGCAACCACCUGCUGUGCUUUAGCAACACGCUGGACUGUUCGGAUCCCGCCCGCCAGCAGCAGCCCAGUCUGGCGGCGCUGGCGGCGGACCUGAACGGCCCGCUGCCGCCGUACCACCCCGGCUCCGUACACGCGCUGGUCGCCAAGGGGCGGCUCAGCACCGCGUGCCACGUGCUGCGGCGGCUGCUGGCGUGGCUGCGCGAUGGCAGCAGCAGCGGCAGCGGCGACGGCGGAAGUGGGAGUGAGGAAGGUGGUGACAAGGACGGCGGCGAAGAUGGGGAUAAAGCCGCAGGCCAGGCGGAGGGGGCGGCGCCGGGGAGAGGGAAAGGGAGAAGCACAGGCGCGGGCGACCGCGACCGCGAGGGCGAGGGCGGGCAGGGCGCGGCGGCGGCGGCGUCACGGCGGCGGCACCGCCCGCCGCUGGUGAUUGACCUGCCGGAGCUACUGCUGGCGCCCGACGCUGCUACAGCCGCCACGGCGGCUACUGCGCCUAGCUCGGCAGUAGCGUUCGGCAGCGGCACCAGCGCCGCGCCCGGCUCGGUGGGGCUGCUGUCGUGCCGCGGCCUGGCGGCGUUCCAGCAGGCGCUGGCAGCGCCCGUGCCGGCGGCACCGCCGGCGCCGACCGCGGCUGCCGCCGCAUCGGCGCCAGCGUCCGCACCCUCGCCCGCGACGCCUGCGUCCACAGGGGCAGGCGUAGCAGUAGCAGGGACAGGGCUGGCGGCAGCGGCGCUGCCGCGCCCCGCAGCGCCGGUGGAGCGUGACCCCACGGCGCCGUUGCGGCCACUCUUUGGGACAUCAAGCGCCUCGCCACCGGCAGCAGUUGCACCACCGCCAGCAUCCGGCUCGGCACAGCCGGCGGCAGCGGCGUUAGCGGCCAAGCCGAUGGAGACGGGGACGCUCAACAUGUCCGCCUUUGGCGCGUUCGGCGACUUCGGUGGCGGCGGGGCAGCGCCAACGGCACCGCCUGCGCCUGCGCCCAAGUCGGUUCUUGACACCGGCACGCUCGAUACGUCGGCCUUUGGGGACUUUGGCGGCUUUGGCGGUGGGCUGGGCGGCGGCGGCGGCAGCGCGCCGGUCGCGCCACCGCUGCCACCUGCGCCUGCAGGUCCGGCAGCGCCCAAGCCCGUCCUGGAGACGGGAAUGCUUGACAUGUCAGCAUUCGGCGACUUCGGCGGCUUCGGCGGCGCCGCCAGCAGCAGCGCAGCGCCGCCGCCGCCGCCACCGCCACCACCGCCGGCCCAAGCACCGCCCGUAAUGGCGCACGACCCGCUCCACUCCGGCGUGCUAGGCAUGUCGGCGUUCGGCGACUUUGGCAUGCCGGCCCCGCCUCCGCCGCCCGCGCCGCCGCCGCCCGCGCCGCCGCCACCGACGCAGCCGCCGGCGGCGGGUGCCGCUUCCUCUUCCGCUUCUGCCGCCGCCACGGAGCCCCUGCACUCGGGCUUGCUUGACAUGUCCAUGUUUGGCGACUUCUCAGUCCACGCACCGGCGGUGACUGUUGCACCACCACCGCCGCCACCACCGCCACUGCAGCCGCAAGCACAGGCGCAGUCAAGGGCCGCUCUGGACCCGCUCCACUCCGGCACGCUCGACACGUCGGCAUUCGGGGAUUUUGGAGUCGCCGCGACCGCGACCACGCCACCGCCUCCCCCUCCUCCUGCGCCUGCGGCCGUCGCUGCCGCCCCCUCGCUCGACCCGCUCCACUCGGGGAUGCUGGACAUGUCGGCCUUCGGUGACUUUGGAGGUGGCGCCGCCGCCGCCCUGCCAGCUGCAACGGCCGCCGCGACGCCUCCUCCUCCGCCGCCGCCGCCUUCUUGGCUUGGCUCCUCCGCCUUUGCGCGCGCCCCGGUGCCGCAGGCACUCCAAACGGAGCCUACCUCCGGCGCCUCCGGCUCCCACAGCCAGCCGCCCACGCUGCAGCACCACCUGGCGCCCGCUGACAGCAGCGGCAACAACAGCAGCGCCAGCGGCGGGUACGGCAGCACCGCCAGCGGCUUGGCGGCGGUGGGGCCGUCAGGCGGCUUGGCGGCGGAGCGUGGGGAUCGGCGGCUCAUGCCGCAACCCUCUGAGGCAGGGACGGGCGGUGGCGCGGGCGGACUCCUGCGCACGCCCGGCGCCUCCUCCUCGCUGCUGUUCACGCCCGCCACCACCCUCAUGACACCCAUGGGCAGCACGCCGCGGCUGUACGGCCAGCCCAGCGUCACAGGCGGCGCCGGCGCCGCCGGCGUGCCGCCGGGUGGCAGCAGCAGCGUAGGCAUCGGCAGUAGCAGCAGCAGUAGCACGGGAUGGGUGUCGUUCCCCCGCGUGCCGGAUCCGGUUACCCCCGCCGACCCCGCGCUGCCCGAGCUACUGCUGUCGCCUGACGAGGUGCUACAGCUGCACCGGCUGCUGGGGCAGGACCCGCCCACGGCAGAGCAGGGCGCCGUGGACGCAUUCGGGCUGCCCACGGCGCCGGUGGCUGUAGCGCCACCAGCGGCGGCGGCUGCAGCAGGGCCGGCGAAGCGGCGCUACGGUGCGGAGGCGGAGGAGGAGGCGGAGGCGGCGGCGGCGGCGGCGGCGCGGUCGGCGGCGGCGGUGGCUGACGCGGUGGCGGCGCUGACGGCGCUGGGGCUGACGCCGGAGGACGGCGCCGAGCUGUGCCGGCUGGCGGCGGCGCUCAGCCGCCGCUCCGUCGCGCCAGGCGGCGGCGCCGCCGCCGCCGCCGCCGACGGCGGCGGCGGCGCGGGCAACACGGACGUUACGGCGGGCCUGGACUUUGCGGCUCGCUGCUUCCUCAUCCAGGCGCGGAUUGCGGUGGCGGGCGCGCGUGCCGAGGCGGCAGAGGCGGAGGCGGCCAAGGACGACGGCGCGUUCGCCGCCGCCGUCAGCCGGCUGUUCCGGCCCGUCUCCGUCACGCGUGCCGCCGGCGGCGCUGGCACGCCGCCCAACCCGCUCUCCUCCGACCCGUCCUCAUCCGCACUUCAGCAGCAGGGCGGCGGCGGGCUGCGGCGCAGCGGCACGCAGCGGGACGAGGACCUGUCUCCGCAGUCGCUGCAACUGGGGUCUAUGGCAGCUGCCGGCGGCCUAGGCCGCCACCGCCACGGCGCCAGCACCAUUCCCGACGGUGGCGGCGCCGCCGGCAGCAGCAGCGCCAGCCUGCUACGGCGCCGGCUCAACCCGGCCUCCCGCUCCAAUCUGUGGGGCGGCUUGGGCGGCGCCGGCGGCGGCGGCCUGGGCAGCGCGGGCUCGGGCACCGGCGGCGGCGGCGUGAUGGGGCGGAGCAAGAGCGUGCGCAGCGUCAUGUCUGUGCUGUCAUUCAGCUCCAUUCCGGAGUCGCUGUUCGGAGGGCGGGCGGGCGGGCCGCUCGAGGAAGGCGGCGGCGGCGGCGCGGACGGCGCAGCCUCCUCCGGCACCGGCAGCUGGUGGCGGCUGGUGGGUCUGCUGCCGGGCCUGGACAUGCGCUCCUGUUUGGCGGCCGCCGCCAGUGGCAGCCAGGCUGCGCUGCUGGCGGCGCUGCUGCCGGAACUGCCCUGGGCGGCGGCGGCGGACGAGGAGGCCAGCGCGGCGCCGGACGGGCGCAACGCGGGCGGACUGGGCGGCUUUGGCGGUGGCGCUGGCGCUGGUGGUGGUGGAGGUGGAGGUGGCGGCGGCGGCUACGGCCCCAGCCGGCCGUCUCUGUCGUGGCCGCUGCUGCGCAAGGCGGGGGCGGGCUUCUGGCUGACUGACCCGCGGGUGGUGCGGGAGCAGGCUGAGUAUCUGGCCAAGGCGCAGUUCGCGCGGCGCAAGGAGCCGUACGACUGCGCGCUCAUUUACCUGGCGCUGGGGCGCAAGGCGCUGCUGGUCAGCCUGUUCAGGCAGUCCAGCAACCUCAAGGUGGCGGACUUCCUGCUCCGCGACUUCGCGGGCUCGGAGGAGGCGCGCCGCAGCGCCGCCAAGAACGCCUUCGCACUGCUGGGGCAGCACAAGCACGAGCUGGCCGCCGGCUUCUUCAUCCUGGCGGGUCAGCACUACGACGCCGUGUCGGUGCUGUGCCGCGAGCGCCGCGACCCGCAGCUCGCGCUCCUGGUGGCCCGGCUGCUGGACGGCGCGGCGGCGGCUGGCGCGGCCGGGGCGGCAGGAGCAGGAGGAGCAGGGGGUGCUGGAGCAGGGAUUGGAGCAGGGGGUGGAGCGGGGGCUGGAGCGGCGGCGGCGGGAGGGGCGGUGGCGGGCGGCGCGGCGUCGUGGGGCGCGGGCGGGCCGCUGGCGCGCAGGCUGGUGGACAAGGAGCUGCUUCCUCUGGCCCUGGCCUCCCGCGACCCCUGUGCCGUGGCAGCGCUGCAGCUGCUGGCGGGCGACGCUACCGCCGCCAUGUGCACACUGUUGGGCCUGCCGCCGCCGCGGACAGCAAUAACAACGACCCCGGCAACCCCGCAGCCGCCGCCUCAGCCUGUGCUGCAGCCGCUGGCUGCCGAUGCGGCGGCCCUGGACUUUGUGCUAUUGCUGGGCGUGCAGUGCCUCUCGGGCAGGCCGGUCCCCGCGGCCGCCUGCCGCGCGCUGCGCCGCCUCGCUCUCCGCACCAGCCGCGCCCUGGAGGCGGCGGGCCUGGCGGCGGCGGCGCUGGAGGCGCUGCUCGUGGCGGCGGCGCUGCGGCCCGCCGCCGCCGCCGCCGCGGCCGCCGCCAACGCCUCCGCCGGCCUGGUGUCGGCGGCGGCGGCGGCGACGUCAAAGGGCGGAAGCGCUUCGUCGGCGGUGGACGUUGCCAGGCUGUCGCCGGCGCUGGCCCGGCGCUACAGCCGACUGCUGGCGGGCGCACUGAGCUACAGCCUGGCAGAGGCGCAGCGGCGGCAGCAGCAGCAGAGCGGCUUCGAGGACGUGGCCGCGGCCGCCAACGCGGCGGCGGACGCAGCUGCCGCCGUCGCGGGCGCCGCCGCGGCUCCGGACGGGGCGGCGGCGGCGGCCGAGGCCGCGGCCGCCGAGACGCGGGCGCCUGGGGACUGGCGGCGGGAGGCGGAGGCGGCGUUGCGGCAGCUGGCGCCGCUGCUGGCGCAGGGCUGCGGCGCCGCCGGCGGCCCUGCGGUGGACGACGCCGCCGUGCUGCGCCUGCUGGGGCGCCACGUGUCGGCGCUGCGGCGCGUGCGGCGCCAGCCGCUGCUGCCGCCGGACCUGCUCAUGGCGCGGCCGCCGCCGCUGCCCUCGCCGCCGCCGCCAGCGCCACCGCCGCCGCCGCUGCCCACGCAGCCGGCACCGGCCACGCCUCUGCAACCAGGCUCGGCGCCGCCGUCGGGCCCCCUGCCGCCGUCCGUGGCCGAGACGCCGGUGCUAACCACGCCCGGCGACAGUGCGCACGGCGCCGCCGCCGCGUACGCCGCCUACCCCGCCAGCAGCGGCGGUCUGGCCUCAGCGGGCGCCGUCGGCAGUGGCCCUGGCGGCAUGGGCGCCGCCGCGCCGCUGCUGCCUGAGUCCAGCGAAGGCAGCUGGUUCGGCCUGGGCGGCGGCGGCGGAGGCGGAGGCGUGGCGUCGCCAUCGCCGGGGCUGGCGUCGCCGGAGGGCUCGAUCCGCGGCGUGCCGCAGCUACAGCGGCCGCAGGCCCAGAAAGGGCACCAGCUGGCGCACAGCUUGUCGGGCGUACCGCCUGGUGUGGGUGGCGGAGCCAUCCCCGCCGGCUACGCCGCAGCCACCGGAGUCAUGCGCUCGGCCUCAGGCAUGCCGUCGCUGCCGCCGCCGUCCUACGCACAGCUGUACCCAAUUUCAGCCGGUGCCGCACCUGGCGCCGCCGGUAGCCCGGCGCCGAUGCAGCCGCCGGCGCCGCUGCCGCCACUGAUGCGUGGCGGCGCGACCAACACGCCGCCGGCGAGCCCCAUGUCGUAUGCGCCGCCGCACCCGCAGCAGCAGCAGCAGCAGCAGCAGCCGGGGCACCCGCACCAGCAACUGCAGCAGCCGGGGCAGCAGGCGCCGGGGCAGCAGGGGCCGGGUGGGCCGCAGCACGACGGCGCGCGCCGCGGCCGAGGCGGCGACGGCGAAGGUUCCGCGACGCCCCCUGGCUGGGGCGUGUUCGAGGCGCCGUGGGACGUGCUGGCGGUGGAGGGAGACAAGUGCCGCGCCGUGGCGGUCAUGCGGGCCGGCCGCGGCGGAGGCGAAGGCGGCGUGGCGGGCGUGGAGGAGGCGCAGCUGCCCUUUGCAGUGGCCACGGCCAAGAGCGGCGUGGUCGGCGGCCUGCUGGGGCCGCCGGCGCUGCUGCCGCCGCCGCCGCGCGCCGCCGCCGGGCCGUCCUCCCUAUUCAUGGGGCUGGUGCAGAGUGUGCUGCACCACGUGCGCUGGACGCCCGACCCCUGGGCCAUGAUGUCCGGAGACUUUGCGGCCGAGUCCUCAACCGGCGACAACGCGGCAGCGGCAGGGGCAGCAGCAGCAACAGCAGGCGGAGGAGGCGGAGGAGGAGGGGCGGGUGGCGGCGGCGGUGGCCACAGCGGCAGCGGCGGCCCUGGCAGCGGCGCGCCCUCCGCCGGCUCCAGCGCGCACAGCAUGGGUCAGGGCGUGGGCGUGGGGCUGGGCCGGGCGGGCGGCUUGGUGCAGGGCAGCGGGGCUGGAGGAGGAGGAGGGGGAGGCGGCGGUGGGGGCUACGGCGGCGCGGGCGGCGUGAGCGGCACGGCCACCCUGGCGCUGGUGCCGCACCCGGAGCGAGACGUCUUCCUCAGCGGCAGUAACAACCUGAUGGUGUACCAGUGGCGCUUCGGUGAGCCCCUCGCCCACAUGGGCUACGCGCCCUGCCCCGAGCCCGCACCCGGCGCAGCCGGCAUCGCCUCCGCCGCCGCCGCGCGCGCCCGCUCCGCGCCCGGUCCCCACGGCGGCCCGCCCGGCGGCGGCGCCGUGGCGGCGGCUGUAGCAGGGGUGCUGGACCUGUCGCCGCCGCACUGGGGCCACGCGGCGGCGCUGCGCUACAGCUCUCCGGGCGGCGGGCGAUUCGUGGGCAUCGGCGAGGGCGGACUGGUGGCCAUGUGGCGCGCGGACGUGUCGGGGCCGGGCGGGCUGGGCUACGCGGACUGGACGCACCACUGUGUGGGCCGCCACGGGCGAGACGUGUGCUUCGUGGGCGACAGCAGCAGCCAGGUCCUUGUUGCCGGCCAAGGCGACCGCGGCGGACUGGUGGGCUGGUGGGACAGCCUGGCGCCGCCCGGCGCCGCCUCCUCCUGCUGUGUGGCGGAGAUACGCGGCCGCCGCACCGCCGCCACCGCGCUGGCGCUGCUGCGGCCUGACGCCGGCGGCGUGCUGGUGUUCGGAGACGAGUCGGGCGAGCUAGUCGCCACGGACCUGCGCAUGAUGGCGGCCCGUGAGUUCAUCUGGACCCUGCCUCGAGCCCACGCCGCCGCCGUCACCUCCAUCGCGCAAUGGGGCCCCGGCGCCGCCGGCCAGGUCAACCUGCCACCGCUGCCGCCCGACUCGCCCUGGGCAGCGGGCGGCGGGCUGGGCGCCGCGGCGGGCGUGCAGCACUACUCGCCGCCCACGCAGGCCAAGCUGUGCAACCUGCUGGUGUCGGGCAGCAAGGACGGCAGCCUGGUCCUGGUGGACAUCAGCAGCGGCCGCGUGGUGGCGGCGGCGGAGCGCGCACACGCCUCGCAGCGCACCGGCCUGCCGGGGCUGCUGGCCGCCGCCUCCGCGGCCGCCGCCGGCGGGCCCAAGCCCGUGGACCGCAGCGUCGCGCGGCGCUCGCGGCCGCCCAACGCGGCGGGCGUGGCGGUGGGCGGGCUGGCGUGCCUGCCCGACGCGGGCGUGGUGAGCUGCGGCGCCGACGGAGUGGUGCGGUACCACCCGCUGGCGCCGCAGCUGCUGGACCUGCGGGGACGGUGAGGGUGAUGGUGAGAGGGGGCGUUGGAUAGUUGGAAUGCGGGGUUGAUGCCUGUGUGGAGAUGUGUCGGUCUUUGGGCGCCGAUGAUGGUAACCAGCGGGAUUGAUGACCGUGGGCAAUGACUGGCUGUGCGGUUGUGAUUGCCACGUGACGGAGAUGUGUGUCGUAUUCAGAUCGGUAGUACCGUAUGCGUGCAUGUGUAUCAACGAAGGCAAGAAGCUAGGGCCUAGCCUUGCCAUGGUGCAAUGAACAGCGCUUAGCACGAUGUAGGAACAGUGAAUCGCCUCACACCUGUAAUCAAGCUGGGGA